UUUUUUUUUAUUUUUUAAAUAAAAUAGUAUUUCUCUUUAUGACUGGGAUUCCUCCUCCCCUUUUUUUUUUAUUGACAAUGAGAGCAGUAAUUCAACGAGUGACGAAAGCCAGUGUCACAGUCGAUAACCAAGUCGUAGGCUCUAUUCAACAGGGUCUUUGUGUCUUGUUGGGUAUUGCCACUGAUGAUACAGACAAAGAUGUGGAUUAUAUGGUCAAUAAGAUCCUUAAUGUACGAGUGUUUGAUGACAAUGGUGUCAUGUGGAAAAAGGGAGUAAAAGAUGCUGGUCUAGAACUCUUGUGUGUGUCCCAAUUCACACUUCAGGGUACUGCUGUCAAGGGCAACAAGCCUGAUUUUCAUAGGGCCAUGAAGGCAGAACCUGCCAAAGCCAUGUAUCAACAAUUCCUGACAAAACUAGGAAAAGCAUAUGAACCAUCCAAGAUCCAAGAUGGUGUAUUUGGUGCCAUGAUGCUUGUGGAUAUUGCUAAUGAUGGCCCUGUUACAUUAGAAUUGGACUCUAGAAAGUUUACUUAUGAUGCUGAAAAAUAAACUU